AAAUGGAGAUAGAAAACCGAAACAAAUUGGAUAUGGAAGAAUAAAUUUCUUUGCCAGUUACAAAUCCGAAGCAAACUUAGAUGAAUGAUGAAGCAGCUGGUAGGCUUUGCCAAGCGGAAAGGUGAUUGCGCAAAAAGGAGACUUGCUCAUAGAAGGUACGCUUUCUACGGUUGGGUAGAACCUGCCUGGGUGAGUUUGGCGGCAAAGGAAAACAAAAAGCGCGCCGUGUCGAUCGCGACAGAAACGCGAAGCAUUUUGGCGAGGACAGAAGAAAAAUACAAAAAAGAAGAAGAAGCAGAAAAUGUGGACGAAGGUGGGGAAUCGGAAUGCAACGAUCUCAACGAAAGGCACGAGACUUCGACGAUUUAGUGACAAGAUGCAGUUAGUCAAUGUUCAUUGCGUUCUACUGAUUUUGCUGAUAAUUGUUCUCACGUCAAUCGCCGGGAAAUUGCAACCUGAAAAUUCAAUUAUGAUAUACGCGCAAGCUAUCGCAUCUCCCGGCGUCCAAAUCGUACUGAAGCGAUACUGUACGAAUGAUAAUUCGCUGUGCUCAAAGUGAAAGUAAAACGUAAGUGGGGCCAUGGUUGGGUAACUGGAAUGUGAUCAAUAAUACGAUGUACUCAAUUUCACUGAUGAAACUGCUACGGUUGAACUUCUUAUGUUCUCUCAAAGCAGCACACUAUUUUUUUCAGUCAAACUUCUUGCUGCGCGGAAUCGUGCUAUGCUAAGGCGGAUUGCCAUUUCUCGCGAAGAAAAAUCUAAAAUUUGUUACGAUUUAGUCGGUUGUUUUGUGGAUCCACCACCGCAUUUAUCGAUAAAACGACCUCCCGAGCAUCCCAGCAUAAUUCAAACCAGGUUUUUCCUCUAUACACGUGCGGAUCGGAAAAAUCCGGAACCCUUACAGUAUGGGGAUGAUUUGAAGUCCAUCGUACAUUCCCGAUUCAAUGUCAGCAAGCCUCUUAGAGUGUUGAUACACGGUUUUAAGGGCAGUGGAAGCGAUGUCGGCGCGAUACUUGGAAUAAAUUUUCUUCUCGAUAUAGAAGAUGCAAAUGUUAUUAUCUUGGACUGGACGAAAGGGGCAAGCACUACUUACGGAACUGCAGUGGCAAAUAGCGAACUAGUUGGCCGGCAAUUGGCCUUGGUGCUUUUGGACACCAUCAAUUUAGGGAUCGAUCCCGUCGAUAUUCACGUGAUCGGUUUCAGUCUUGGCGCGCAUGUGGCCGGUUGUGCUUCCGAAAUAUUAAAACAAAAGAAUCUGCUUCUGGGUCGCAUAACAGGUCUCGAUCCGGCGUCACCCUUCUUCAGACAUCAUCUGUUUAGGGAGAAGUCGAGAAAAUUGGAUGCCACUGAUGCUCAUCUCGUUGACGUCAUUCAUACCGAUGGCUCUCAGGAUUUCAAGGACGGUUUCGGUUUACUUAAGCCAAUUGGGCACAUUGACUUUUUUCCUAACGGUGGUAGAGAACAGCCCGGUUGUACCGAUAUUAAGAAUUCAGUGGUGGUCAGUCAUUUGAAAGAAGAUGUUUUGGAUCGGAAUAUAGCAUGCAGUCAUUUAAGAGCUUUUCAGCUCUAUGUAGAGAGCAUUCGUUCGCAAACUGAGAAAUGUAAAUUUAUCGCAUGGCCUUGUCCACAAGGAGGGAUAUCUUAUGCAAAAGGAACAUGCUUUCCUAUGGAAUCGACAAAUUGGAAUCAAGAAAUGGGUUAUGCGGCUAAUCGUGGAUCUUUGGGAAUCUAUUAUUUGGCAACUAAAGCUGAAACACCAUUUUGCGGUCAACCUAUUAGAGCAUCAAUAAUGACGUCCGAGAAUAUGCCAAAAACAUCCGGCACAUUGUUUUUUAAGAUCUUCCUCACUAAUUCCACAACGCUUUUCAAAAUCCAAUGCACCUUACUUAGAAGAAGAAACGAACAAAUGAUAUUUUAUAAUAUUGCGGCAUCGGAUUUUGAUGCAUUAUCCGGAAAUAUCGAAACAAUUGUCGGUAUGAUCUCAUAUCACCGCAUCGUUAAUAAGACUGAAGAGGAUACUACACAAGAACCGGAUAUUGACAUAAUUCUUUUUAAUAAAUUAGUCCUCGAAGAUCGUAAAGGCCACAGGUGAAUAUGCGAUAUAAUAAUUUUAAUAGACACUUGUUGAGUAGUUACUAAAUCUAUUUGUAUAAAAAAA